CAAAAAAAUUUUGUGUUUGGAGGAAUAUAUUCUGGUCGAAACUACGAAUAUCGCUCCUUUUAAAAACUUCCCAGUCAUAAACACUGCCAUUGAAUCCUUAUUAUUGCAAUAACCCAAACUCGUCUGCCCCCCUCACGUGUCUACUGGUUUUUAGCAUUACUCACUCGUUCAUCCGUUCACUUGCCCAAAUCUUUUCAUACUCCUUAAGGUACUUGAUAAGUUUUUAUUUGCGAUAGAAGGAACGUGCAAAUCAGCUCCGUAUACCCUACAGUUCCAGAAAUACCUGACCAUCCCCAGUUUUCAACUAGCUGAUUCUAAUUCAGCUAUCCAUCUUAAAUUUCGAACGUGUUUUGAUUCGCUUCGCCUAACAAACCUGAGAAAUCUGUCACUCAAUUACGUAUAUUAAGUGUCGACAUGGUCCAAAUAAUGAAUGAUGAGAAUGGCUAUAAAGUAAUAAGAGGGAAAGAUGAAGUGCAAACUUCUAGUUCAAGCGAAUCCCUUUUGUUACAACCUGCUGCCCAAUCACAAUCACAUUCACAAAUACAACAACAAACUCAGAAUGACGCCAAUGACCUUAAAUUGAAUGAUGCACACGAAGAACGUACAAACGGGGCGAAUAAAAGAAAGUUGCAAGAGAGAAUAUAUCUUGGUGAUAUUUCUAGUCAAUAUGGAGCCGGAUCCAAAACUGGACAACCUCAAACGUCUCUUGAUUUACAAACCAAAAGAAAACCUUUAGGUGGGAAAUCUUUACCGUUGCAACAGAGAAAGAACAACGUAAUAACCAGUGACUUGGCUAUUCCUUCCAGGUUGCCACAAAAGAGGCAAGCCACGGAAUCUUCCACUAAUCUCGUGGAAAAGUUGAACGUCAAUGAUUACAAAAAAUCUAAAGUCGUCGAUUAUGAAUGGGACGAUUUGGAUGAAGAAGAUAUGGACGAUCCUUUAAUGGUAAGUGAAUAUGUGAAUGAAAUCUAUCCAUAUUUACACGAGCUCGAAUGCAAGACAUUACCUGACCCCCAAUACAUUUUCAAACAAAGACACCUCAAGCCAAAAAUGAGAUCAAUUUUGGUAGAUUGGUUAGUGGAGAUGCAUUCAAGAUUCAGGCUAUUGCCAGAAACUUUUUACCUAGCGAUCAACAUAAUGGAUAGAUUCAUGUCAUUGGAAAUUGUUCAGAUUGAUAAAUUGCAAUUGUUAGCAACUGGUUCAUUGUUCAUUGCUGCUAAAUAUGAAGAAGUCUUCAGUCCUUCCGUCAAGAACUAUUCUUAUUUCACUGAUGGUUCAUUUGCAGAAGAGGAAAUCUUACAAGCGGAAAAGUAUAUUUUGACUAUACUUGAAUUCGAAUUGAAUUACCCCAAUCCCAUGAAUUUUUUGAGAAGAAUAUCUAAGGCAGAUGAUUAUGAUGUUCAAACAAGAACUUUGGGUAAAUACCUUCUUGAGGUUACCGUUGUUGACUACAAAUUUAUUGGUAUGUUGCCAUCUUUAUGUGCAGCUAGUGCCAUGUACAUUGGUAGAUCAAUCAUGGGUAAAUUUCCUCUUUGGAAUGGAAAUUUGAUCCACUAUUCUGGAGGGUAUAAGGUAGAAGAUAUGAAGGAUUGUAUCAAUAUGAUUAUCCAAUACCUAAUAUCACCUGUGGAGCAUGACGAAUUUUUUAAGAAGUAUUCAACUAAAAAAUUUAUGAAAGCAAGCAUAUUAUGCAGAAGUUGGGCCAAAAAGAUAAUAGCUGAGAAGAAGGAUAUCUUUGAAAAUGCUAAUGAGUAAUUAUGACCUGAGCUGUCGAUUAAAUUGUUCCACAACCCUGCAUAAGCUCCUGUUCCUAUUACUACCAUCUAAUUUUUAUUUUGUCCAAAUGAUUAAAUCAUCCAUCGUUACUGCAUCGGACAUAACUUCACAAAACCUCAAACCUGAUCCUUUUAGUUCUUUUUAAUGGUAGAGAAUUUUUUACUUGUAGACACUAGUGGACUAUCUUCUUUCAAGUAUAGUUCUUUUUUUGCAUUGAUCGUCGUCAUUAUAUAACAAUAUAAAUAAUACCUGGA